AUGUUCCAGGUCCUCAGAAAUCCCAAUAGCUCUAAGUUCCAGGUCUCAGAGUUCAUUCUCAUGGGAUUCCCAGGCAUUCAUGAAUGGCAACAUUGGCUCUCUCUGCCCUUGGCUGUACUCUACCUCUUGGCUCUGGGUGCCAACAUCUUUAUCCUGAUCACCAUCAACCAAGAGGCUGCACUGAACCAGCCCAUGUAUCUCUUUCUGGGCAUCCUAGCUGUGGUGGACAUAGGCUUAGCUACUACUAUCAUGCCUAAGAUUUUGGCCAUCCUGUGGUUCAAUGCCAAGGUCAUCAGUCUCCCUGAGUGUUUUUCUCAGAUAUAUGUCAUACAUUGUUUUGUGGCCAUGGAGUCAGGCAUCUUCCUCUGCAUGGCUAUUGACAGAUAUGUAGCCAUUUGCCGACCUCUACGAUAUCCAUCAAUAAUUACCAAAUCAUUUGUGGUCAAAGCAACUGUAUUAAUGGUACUUAGAAACAGCUUGUCAACUCUCCCAGUGCCAGUGCUGGCUGCUCAGAGACACUACUGCUCCCGGAAUCAAAUUGAGCAUUGUCUGUGCUCUAACCUUGGAGUCACUAGCCUAUCCUGUGAUGACAGGACAAUCAAUAGCAUCUACCAGCUACUUCUAGCUUGGACACUCAUGGGCAGUGACCUGGGUAUGAUUAUUUUAUCAUAUGCUUUGAUACUUCACUCUGUGCUAAGGCUGAACUCAGCAGAAGCUGCAUCUAAGGCCCUGAGCACCUGCACUUCACAUCUCAUUCUAAUUUUUUUCUUCUACACAAUUGUUGUUGUCAUUUCUAUCACACAUAGUGCAACAAAGACAGUUCCUCUUUUCCCAGUUCUACUUAAUGUGUUACACAAUGUCAUUCCUCCUGCCCUCAACCCCAUGAUUUAUGCGCUAAAGAAUAAAGAACUGAGGCAGGGCUUGGGCAAGAUACUUCGUCUGCGCAUCUAA